AUGAGCGAAAUUUCAACUCGCGAGAAUGCUCGUUCCAAUAAUAACAACAACGAGCUCGUUGCAUCGCCGUCCACUUCUUCCAAGAUGGAGACCUCCGAAACAACCAACAACAACACCCAUUUUUCGGAGCAAGAUGGAGCCAAUGAAAUGAAUGGCUCCUUAUCAUCAACCAAUUCAUCAUUUCCGCUGCCAUCAACUAUUACAGCUCCUUCCGAUACUAGUAUAGAAACAACGAACGGAACAAAGAAUUCUUUGUACGAAUAUCAAAAUUCAAAUAAGACAGAAUCACCGUGUACAUCAUCCUCUUCUUCAUCUUCAUCGUCCAAUAUGGAACAUACAGGCAGUGAACAUCAAACAAAUGGAGAGACAACAGGUAAAACACAUCACCACGGUAAAAAAUCAACUACAAAUGAACAAGAUGAAGCCAAGUUGACACCUCCAACAGAAGAAACAGCCACACAAGCAGAUUCAAAACAAAUCUCUGUCGGCAAUUCUUUGGUCAUCACAGCCAGAAGUAAAGCGAAAAAGCCCAUCAAACCCGAUCCUAAAAAACAGAGAGAAAAAAUCAAAUUAAUAGAGAACAAGACGCCCUUCAAACCUGGUACUACAAACGUUCUUAUAUCACAGGCCUGGUGGAGAGCUUGGAAAGAAUAUGUCAAUUUUUCUGACGACGAACAUCCGAAAGAGAAGAAAAAGCAUAAAGAAAGCCAUCAACAUAGAAAAGUUAACCCUCCAGGUCCGAUAGAUAACAGUGACUUGAUUGAUAAAAUAAUUAUUUAUAGAGGAUUUGAUACGUCUCAUCCAUAUGCUAGCGAAUUUACAAAUUUGUGCAGAGACGGAUCAGUACUAUUUACCUUGUUGUUAAAGAAACAUAUCAUGGGCUCUCAAGACUAUGAAAUUAUUACAGAAGAGAGUUAUGAUUUACUGUCGUCGUGGUAUGGAGAAUGCAAUUCUAACCAAAAAAUUGUAAGAAAGGUCAUCAUUGAUGGUUUAGAGAACAAUCAAAUGAAACGUGUAGAGAUUCAUCCGUUCUUUCUUAAAUUAUUCAUGACAAAUGAGCAAGGAAAGGUUUUGAAAGAUACACAACGAAUUGUUCUUGUCAGUAAGAAACUGACCACACGAGAUUUAAAACUACUUGGCCAUAUUUUGUUUGACAUUGAGAGAGGAUCAAAGCAAAAUGCAAUCAAAAAUUGUAGAUUGUGGAGUUUUUUAGAAGGAAGUCCAGCACGAUGUAUUGCUGAUAGCGAUAGCCAAACUCUUGAAAAAGCAAAAUUGGUCGAUGGACAAAACGUCGUUUUUGAGUUUAGACAACCAGGAGGUGAAUAUCCACUGGAUUCUGUGGAGAAGAAUGAGAAUAGCGAUGAAAGUGAAGAAGAUGAAGAAGAAAAGAGAGGAAAAUUCUCUGAAAUUUGGGACAGUAUUAAAGACUAUUCCUAUAGCGCAUUGGGCAUUGCAACUAGUGCCACUGGAAAGAGUAAGAAAAAGGGUCUCUGUGGUUUACGUAACUUGGGCAAUACCUGCUUUAUGAACAGUGCCAUUCAAUGCCUGAGUAAUACUGUACCUCUGAAAAAUUAUUUUUUGAGCGGUCGAUAUGCAAAGGAUAUUAACACCAGUAAUGUUCUCGGAACAAAAGGAAAAUUGGCAAAUAAUUUUGCCACUUUAAUUAAGGAAAUGUGGAGCGGAGGCUCAGUAUAUUCACCCGUUAAUUUUAAAUACGCCAUUAGUCAAUUUGCUCCCCAAUUUUCUGGAUAUAAUCAGCACGAUUCUCAAGAAUUAAUAUCUUACUUGUUGGAUGGCCUUCAUGAAGACUUAAACAUUGUGAAAGAUAAGCCAUUUAUUGAAAUGAAAGAUAGCGAUGGUAGACCUGAUGAAGUGGUUGCCAAGGAAGCAUGGGAUCAACAUUUAAAACGAAACAAUAGUGUUAUUGUUGAUCUAUUUCAAGGACAGCUAAAAUCUACUCUUAUUUGCAACAUUUGUAAUAAGAUUUCUGUGAAAUUUGAUCCAUUUAUGUAUCUGUCAGUUCCUGUUGGAAAAAGCAUGCCAUUUAGAAUGGAUGUUAUCCUUAUGAACACAGAAGGUGGUUCCAGAGCAACAAAAUAUACAGUUGAACUCCCAAAGCAGGCAACAGUACAAGUUCUUGCAACUCAAUUUGCAAAAGUGAGUGGUAGAGAUCCAAACAAAGUCAUGUUCUUCACAAUGGUGGGAUUUUCUGUUGGAAGAGCUCUUGAAUUGAACGAGAGUGUUGGUGUUAUUGAUCCAAAUGCAAGGUCAACUCCAAAAGUUUUGUGUGCCGAUAUUCCAGACGACUAUUCUGAGGACAAAUAUUUAAUGAUUUACAUACGGCAACGCUAUCCAAAUGAUGGAGGAGACACGCUAUACAAGAGUGUUGGAAUACCUUUUGUUUUGUUUGUGAACAGAGAGAUCACAACCAAAGAGUUUUAUGGUAUUCUUUGGGAUCACUUACAACGAGUGGCCAAGAAAACACCAGAAGAUCCAGAAUCCAACAUUAUCCCAACUCCAGAAAACGAAGGAGAAGAAUAUACCAACGAACAAAAGUUAGAAAUUUUACGAAAUACUGUUUUUCCCACCUUUGACCCUGAAAAUAUUCCUUUCAAAUUUUCUGUUAUUGAUAAGUCUGUUGAAAUGGUUGUUAAUUGUGGAGGCAUACCAAUCCUGUAUAAUGAUGAAGAAGAUAUGGUUAGAAAAUAUUUAUUCGAGCAUGAAAAGUAUAUUUUCUCUGUAGAUUGGUUGGAUGUGUCUUUCCUCAAGACGAAAGAAACAGUUACUGUACAUUUGCAACAUUCACCCGUAGAACAGCAACACUCAAAAAGUGGUCAUAUUACUUUGGAUGAUUGCCUGAAAGUGAAUAGCGAAAUGGAACAAUUGGGACAAAGAGAUCAAUGGUACUGCCCUCGAUGUAAGACUCAUGUGUGUGCAUUCAAGCAGUGUUGCAUUUGGUCUAGCCCAGAAAUUCUCAUUAUUCAUUUAAAGAGAUUUGGAUAUAAUCGCCUUGGUAGAGAAAAGGUCACAACGUUUGUUGACUUUCCAAUUUCCAAUCUAGAUUUAAGUGAUUAUAUGGUUCAAGCUCCUGAGGACCAUAUGCUUUAUGACCUUUUCGCAAUUAGUUGUCAUACAGGAGGAUUGGGCGGUGGGCAUUAUUACUCGUAUGCAAAAAAUUGUGAAGACAACAAGUGGUAUUGCUUUAAUGACUCUUCUGUCUCCCAUGUUCAAGAAAAGGAAAUCAAAACAUCCAAUGCUUAUUUACUCUUCUAUCAACGGAAGCAUGACACGAAUAGCCGAGAGGUGAAUGUCGAAUUUCAAUAA